AUGGGUCUUAAUUCAGACUGCACCCGUCCACAAUGGGUGAUUUUCGCCGUGCUCCCUGUCACUCCGCCUCUUGUUUAUGCUUCUAUUUCCAUGGAUGGUACUGGAACCGGAAUGCGGAACGAAGAUGACUUGACCUACAAGCUCGAAGAUAUCGUUCGCGUAAACGAGGUGCUCGAAUACCUGACCAAGCUCGUGCUUUUGAGAAGAGCGGACGUCCAGAAGGCAAUUCGUACCCAUCUUAAGGGUAAGGAAGGUCGUCUGAGAGGCAACUUGAUGGGGAAGCGUGUUGACUUUUCCGCCCGUACUAUCAUUACAGGAGAUGCCAACCUGUCUGUAUACGGAGUCGGUGUUUUGGAACUAGAGUAA